GAUGAUAGAGAUGGUAUUAAUCGAUGCUGUACAACACUUAUCUCUGAAAAAUAUUAUCUUAAUACCAAUUAAAUUCAGAAAAUACACUUCUUAUCUUAUGAUUAUUUUCUUUAAGUGUUUUACCACUUCUUUACAAAGUGUGACAACUGAUUAGAAAUGAAAUCCGUUUUAAAUUAAUAUGCUACGGCUAUUCUAUAAUAUUGGUUGUUCAUUUAAAAACCAAAGGCCCCGUCUUAAGAAUCAUCCGAAGUAACAACGCUAAGAUGAGACCUAAAAAUUUAAUCAUUUUAAUUUUACUGGGCUUUCUCCUGGAUAAUUCUAACGCAAAACUAUUACGGGGCUACAAAUGGUGCACAGUGGCUAGAAAUGGAAUAUGUGCAGACUAAAAAAUAAAUAAAAAAAAAAAAAAAAUGUUUCAUUUAAUUAAAAUAGUUAUGAGGUCGAAAAAAGUCAUGGCUUUCCAUUCUGUAAAUCUUAGUAUCUAAAGUAAACUUUUCCCCAUUUUAGCUCAUUAAAAACUAUUAUUCAUUUUAGCCAACGAUAUUUUAUACUUAUAGGGAAAUAUUAAAACACAUUUAUUUACCUUAUACACCAUCUGUUUAUUUAUCUAUUGAAAAAUUAGCAAUAAUAUGCUUUGCAUCGCCAAUUUGGUUUCAACCAUCGUCAGUGGUUUACGUGAAAACGUUUGAAGAGCAUCGAAAAUGCCAAUUCGAGCAAGUUUUUGUUUAUUUUUCUUUCUAAGAGCUAUAGUGGAUGCCAAACCUAACAUCGAAACAUUUAAAAAUAAUGUUCUGGACUUGUAUUCAGGAAACACGAGCCUCAACCAAGCGGCGUUGCCUAUAGCCAACAGUUUCUUCUGCCCGUUGCUCUUGGUCUUCCUUUGGAUAGUCUCCUUAUGCAUAUUAGUUUGUAUAUGCAUGUGUUUCAAACUGGUCAAAUCGGAAACAUUAACCAGCUACGACACUAAUAGCUUUGAGAUGCAAGAGAUUCACAUCCUGGAACCCACAUUCAAACACGUCAAAGGAUGCGCAUGCUUGGAAUGUCUACAUCGUCAGUUGGCCAAAGAAUUGGAGAUGGAAAACGGAAAAUGAAUAAAACUAUGAUUGUUUAUUCUAGGCAAUAACAAAAUGUAUAGUUCCGCAAGAACUAAGGGUCUAUACAUGAAAUUAAAUAUAACUUGGAGAUCCAUUUUUUAAGACUUAACAUCUUAA